AUCCACUCCAUCCUGAACUCCCCUUACGCCAACCUCUACAACCCGGAAAACAUCUACCUGUCGGAGCACGGAGGGGGAGCUGGGAACAACUGGGCCAGUGGCUUCUCACAGGGAGAAAAAAUCCACGAGGAUAUUUUUGAUAUCAUAGACAGAGAGGCUGAUGGGAGUGACAGUUUGGAGGGGUUUGUGCUUUGCCACUCCAUCGCUGGUGGAACAGGCUCCGGGCUGGGCUCGUACCUGCUGGAGAGACUGAAUGACAGGUAUCCCAAGAAACUGGUGGAGACGUACUCGGUUUUCCCAAACCAGGAUGAGAUGAGCGAUGUUGUGGUCCAGCCGUACAACUCUCUGCUGACGCUGAAGAGGCUGACUCAGAACGCUGACUGCGUGGUAAGGCGGGAUUUGGACGCGCUCGGCGGUGAUGCCGUGACGCGCACGCUGACCCCGUCCUCCCCGCAGGUCUCCACCAUCAUGUCCGCCAGCACCACCACGCUCAGGUAUCCCGGGUACAUGAACAACGACCUCAUCGGGCUGAUUGCCUCGCUGAUCCCCACGCCCCGGCUGCACUUCCUCAUGACGGGCUACACGCCGCUCACCACCGACCAGUCGGUGGCUAGCGUGAGGAAGACCACGGUCCUGGAUGUGAUGAGGAGACUGCUGCAGCCCAAAAACGUGAUGGUGUCGACGGGGCGAGACAGGCAGACCAACCACUGCUACAUCGCCAUCCUCAACAUCAUCCAGGGGGAGGUGGACCCCACGCAG